UCAUACAAAAUUUUGGAAAUUUACUUAUCGAGCGAAACCUUGAUUUCAUCUAACCAAGGAUUGCUCACAUAUGGUCCCCCCAAUUCAGAGAGAAUUUAAUGCCUCAAUAAGAUGAGAAAGCUGUAAUGUGUGCGGCAUUCGCAGCUUCUCUCAUGGAAAUGAAUACGCUCAUACAUGGCACCUUUUCUGCUCAAUUCUACUGUCAAAGAAAAAUACCCAUUUCAACUCUAAAUUUGAAGAAGCUCCAAAUUAGCAAAGUCAAAAUGGAGCCGUUUACUUCACAGCCAUCAUCUAUGUUGUUUGGCAUUUCCAGGAAGAGGAGGGCGACGAGAUUCGUUUACCGGGCAUAUGCAGAUUCUGAAACACAGGUUUCUAAUCAGCAGGAGAGGGUAUUGCAAAAAGCAAAGUUAGACCUGCUCAGAGCCGCUCAGAAUACACAGCGUGGGUUGCAGGCUUCUGAUGAUCAACGUGCUUCCAUUGAAGAAGCAAUGGUUAGUGUGGAGCAAUAUGAUGCUGGUAAACCAAUCAAUCUGGACCAAUUAGACGGAACAUGGCUGUUGCAGUACACAUCGGCAUCAGAUGUCCUUGUUCUAUUUGAAGCUGCCAGGUCUCCCUUUCUUCAGGUUGGACAAAUUUAUCAAAAAUUUGAAUGCAAAGGAUGCACUGAUGGAGGUGUGGUUCGCAACAUUGUGCGCUGCAGUAUUCCAAGUAUUUUGCAGGAAAAUGAAGGUGCAAUGCUACUAGUUACUGCAAAAUUUUCACUGUUGAGUCAACGCAACAUAUUUUUGGAGUUUGAAGAGGUCACAGUUGGGAAUUUGAUGAUUAGUGAACAAUUGCAGACAUUAAUAGCUCCUGCAAUAUUACCCCGAACAUCAUUGAAUCUAGAGAUUUUACAGUUUUUACGUGGAUUUGAAGCAAAAUUCUCACUUCAACGUUAUACUAAAGAGCAAGCUGAUGGGAGAAGGGCUUCACCUGGUGGUUUAUAUUACCUUUCAUAUUUAGAUGGUGAUAUGCUUUUGGGCCGUGCUAUUGGUGGUGGUGGAAUUUUCAUUUUCAGUCGGACGCAACCAUUUCAAAUUUGAAGGAAUGGCACUCCUUAAAAAGCAUGAUUUAAUCAAAUAUUUUCCUUUCACAGGACGAGAAUACAUUUGCUUGCAUUGAAAUUAUGUAUUAACAUUGUCUACUAUAUUAGAAACACCUGCAUCUACAAAGCAUGUAAAAUGGUUUGAACAUCUAUCUGACGCUUUAUUUUUACUGGUUCUUUCUGUUAAAUUCCUUUCAAAUUUACUCGCCAGGGAAAGAGAUUUAUUCUUUGUCGCAUUAUAAGAAAGGCAUUUUUGAUGUCCAUGCAGUCAAUCUAAUAAAAAAAAGUCAAGUAUGGGUUUA